AUGUCUCGCGGAAGAUCUCCUCCAAAAAAAUCACCUAAUCGCAGACCCCCUCCAAAACGCAGAAAACGCAGAAAUUGCAUAAGAUAUCGUGAUUUUCCUCCUCCAACACCAAGUACCAGUUUAGCAGAAUUCUUGUCGGGAGCAUUUUAUUGUCUGAUCUUUUUAAUCAUCAUUAAUUUUUUUUAUAAAUGUUUGUGGGCAUAUUCGCGGGCAUGA